AUGGAACCCUCUAAACCCUCAAACCCUCUCUUAUCUCUCUCAACCUUCAUGCACCAACACUGCCUCCGUCUCGGUGCCGAAUUCUCCACUCGUCUCAGUGACACCACUCGAUUCCUAGCCGGCAGCCUCCCUCCACCUAGGCGGCUCGUUAUGGGGCCAUCGCCGCCGUUCGCUUCUGUAUCGCAGCCAAAACAGACAGUUACCCCCGCCAAUCUUAGCUUGGACCACGUGGCGAAAGCUCUGGCAGGAACGGCCGUGUUCACAGUGAGCAAUUCCAACAAUGAGUUCGUGCUUAUCUCGGAUCCCAAUGGAGCCAAAUCCAUUGGCUUGCUUUGUUUUCGACAAGAAGACGCCGAGGCAUUUCUUGCUCAGGUUAGGCUGCGGAGAAGAGAAUUGCGAAGCCAAGCUAAGGUCGUGCCUAUUACACUUGACCAGGUAUACCUGCUGAAGGUUGAAGGAAUUGCAUUUCGGUUUUUGCCUGAUCCGGUUCAAAUAAAGAAUGCAUUAGAGCUCAAAGCUGCUGAUGUCAGGAGUGGGUUUGAUGGAGUUCCUGUUUUCCAGUCGGACCUUCUGGUUGUGAAGAAGAAAAGCAAGAGAUACUGCCCAAUAUAUUUUCAAAAGGAAGAUAUAGAAAAAGAACUGUCAAAGGUUUCAAGGGCAUCAAGGGGUCCCAGUCUUUCUCAACAUAUUAUGGUUGGAAGUUUAGAGGAUGUUCUGAAAAAAAUGGAGAUUAGUGAGAAGAAUUCAGGCUGGGAAGAUCUGAUUUUCAUUCCACCGGGUAAAAGCCAUUCUCAACACAUUCAGGAGAUAACUAAGGAAGUUGAUAGGCCAACCGAAAGAGUUGUUGGAGGGCCUGCUAAUUCUGAGAUUCCCAAGCUUACAUGCCUAAGGAUUUUGAAAUUACCUUCUCCACCCCUACCUAUGGUUGAGGGACUUAAUCUUCAAAAUAUAAUCAAGGCUACACCUUCAAAAGCUUUGGUUAUCAAAAUCAAUUUGAUUUUCCUUGCUUUCUUUCUUGUUAUCUAUGCAUCGCUUCUUCUCCGGCCAUCUUCUUCAGUCUAUUUUGAGAAUGCAGCAUCUCUUGUUAGGUGCUCAUUGAGAGAGUGCCAUCACAAGGCAGAAAAUGGCAUUAAGAUGAAGGCAAUCUUGGAAGAGACAAAAGUCAAUGCCCAAAGACCUAGGGAAAAUAUGACCAAGGUUGAGGUACCAAGCUUCGUGAAUGAGAUGGGAAAAGGAAAGAAGAUUGGCAUGGUAAAUAUGGAUGAAGAUGAUGUUAGUUACUGGAAAGCUCAUGGAGAAACCAUACCCAUCCAUUUUGAAAGAGUGUCUGAGUUUUUCAAAUGGCCGGACUUAUUUCCUGAAUGGAUUGAUGAGGAGGAAGAAAGUGAUGUUCCAUCCUGUCCUGAAAUACCAAUGCCAGAUUUCAAAGUCUAUGACAGCAUGGACUUGAUAGUGGCAAAAUUACCAUGCAAGUAUCCUGAAGAAGGGUGGAACAGAGAAGUAUUUAGGCUUCAAGUUCACCUCAUAGCAGCAAAUUUGGCAGCGAGAAAAGGGAGGAGGGAUAGGAAUUGGAGGACCAAGGUGGUGCUUUGGAGCAAAUGCAGGCCAAUGUUGGAGAUGUUUAGGUGUGAUGAUCUGGUGAAACAGGAAGGUGAUUGGUGGUUCUAUGAGCCGGAGAUGGCAAAGUUGGAACAGAAGGUCUCAUUGCCUAUUGGGUCUUGCCAACUGGCUUUGCCUUUGUGGACACAAGGUAUUAACGAAGUCUACGAUCUCUCCAGGAUUCAAAGGACCACGAGAAGUACCAAGCGAGAGGCCUACGCCACGGUGCUCCAUUCCUCAGAAGCCUACGUCUGUGGUGCCAUAGCCCUUGCCCAAAGCCUUCUCCAAACGGGCACCAAGCGUGACCUUAUUCUUCUCCUAGACAGCUCCAUCUCUGAAGCCAAACGUAACGUUCUCGCGGCAGCCGGGUGGAAGAUCCGACUCAUUACAAGAAUCCGAAACCCAAGAGCUCAAAAUUACUCGUACAAUGAGUACAACUAUAGCAAGUUUAGGCUAUGGCAGCUGACUGAUUAUGACAAGAUCAUCUUCAUAGACGCAGACAUCAUAGUUUUGCGUAACCUCGAUAUCCUUUUUCACUUCCCUCAAAUGACAGCCACAGGGAAUGAUGUAUGGAUUUUUAAUUCUGGUAUCAUGGUCAUCGAGCCAUCAAAUUGCACAUUCAAAAUAUUAAUGGACCGACGCAAGGACAUUAUUUCCUACAAUGGAGGUGAUCAAGGGUUCCUUAAUGAAGUUUUUGUAUGGUGGCAUAGAUUACCAAGAAGAGUGAACUUUUUGAAAAACUUUUGGGCUAAUACUACCAAAGAGGCUGGUGUCAAGAACGAGCUCUUUGGGGCAGACCCACCAAAAGUUUAUGCCAUACAUUAUCUGGGGUUAAAGCCUUGGCUUUGUUACAGAGACUAUGAUUGUAACUGGAAUAUAGGGAAUCAACGUGUUUAUGCAAGUGAUGUAGCACAUCAGAGGUGGUGGAAAUUUCAUGACGACAUGGAUGAGAAGUUGCAAAAGUUUUGUGGGUUAACAAAGCGGAGAAAAACUGAGUUGGACUGGGAUAGAAAAAUGGCCAGAAAGAGCGGGUUCAGUGAUGAGCAUUGGAAAAUAAAUGUUACAGAUCCUAGAAGGGUUCAUUUGAUUUGA